UGCACUUAUUUACCAACUUCCUUAUUUCAGAUUGUCACAUUCGUUCAGCAUGGGGGACUACCGACAUGUUGGAUUUAUUUUUGUUUUUGUGUAUCUUAACAGAUUUUACUUUUCACUGAGUUUAGCCUGCAAUGUCGACAGUAAUGGUUUUCAUCGUUUCGGGCCAGACUGUGAGCACCUUUGUCACUGCGUUGGAAACAAAAUGUGUGAUGGUAAAACAGGGGAGUGUGACGAGUGUGAAGGACCCUGGUUUGGACCCGCAUGCCAGUACUAUGAUAUUGCAUUUAAAUUUUCUGACCCGAACUCAACGAGGAAAGCAUACGGGUCACGGCACUUAGAUAAUAUUUCACCACCAAUGUAUUCGCAUCUCGCCCAUGAUGGAAACUAUUCAACCUGUAGCUCCACAAACAACACAUCUGCUGGAAGUGGAAGAAAGAUCAAUCCUUUCUGGAGCAUUUACUUUAUAAACAACACACGAUUUAACGAUUUUCAACUGGUGUUGUCAGACAAUAAAACUCUCAAAGCGUACUUUAAAGGAUAUAAGAUCUACAUAGAAAACCUCACAUCAUGGGGUUACUCAGAUGAGGAAAAAAUCAAAGUACCGCUGACCACUAGUCGUUCCCUGUGUUACCAGCAAAACGGUAGCAAAAUCGCGAAUCGAACCAUGGUUGUGCAGUGUGAAAAUACCUUAAUUGGAAACUCAGUCAGGAUUGAGAUGGCCAACAAAAAUACACAGCUAGUUCUCUGUGAUAUCAAAAUUAGCGCAGGAAGGAACAUAGCGUUUGGGAAAAGGUUAACUCUAAGCCCGAACAUCAUACAGACUACGUAUUCAUCAACAGUAGCAGUUGAUGGAAACACAGACACAGCUUGCCCUCGGAUUAACGUGCAUGAUAACCAGCCUUAUUGGAUACAAGUUGAUCUGAUGCAACAAGUAGAAUUGAACUUGAUUGAGAUCACUAGAUAUCCAACAGAUGGUUUCCCAGAUACUGGAUUUAAGAUUGAAGUAUACAACAAUUCAACAAGUCUUUUCGAAAAGGUUUUUGAUAAUUCAACCGACGUUCGACCAAUGACUGGAAUUGUCUUGACGUCAAAAGGGCAGUAUUUCAAAAUACGACAAAUGGCCGGAAAGCAACACUUAGAUAUGUGUGAAAUACAAAUGUUUGGAUAUUGUCCGGAGAACUAUUGCGGAUACAACUGUUCUAUUCCCUGUAACUGUCGAGUCCCAGGAUCUAUGAAAGACAGACUGACCGGAGUUUGUACUUCCGGUUGUGCUGGCAGAUCAACAGGACGAAAUGGACUGUGUGACCAUGUUUGUAGUAAUACCACGUGGGGAGAGGAAUGUACAUAUCAAUGUGGCCACUGCAACAAUGGAGAUUCGUGCAACGUUAGCAAUGGGCACUGCAAGACAUGUGCACCGGGCUAUAAGCCGACUCCAAAGUGUGAGGAUGAAUGUGACCUUGACAAGUAUGGUUUCAACUGUUCGCGAAACUGUGGUCACUGUGGACUAGGGUUAGAUUGUGACAAGGCGUCUGGAUAUUGUUCAGCAGGGUGUGAUGCUGGAUGGAACGGUACACUUUGUGACCAAGAAUGUGAAAAUGGAACGUACGGCUCGAAUUGCUUAGAAACGUGCGGAAACUGCGUUGCGGGGUGUAAAAAGAGAACAGGCACUUGCUUGGGCGGAUGUUUAUCUGGUUUUAAAGGCGAAACCUGUAAAGACAUUGCGUCUUCAUCUGGGUCCGUUAUUGCUGGAAGCGUUGUGGUUGUUAUUGUUAUCGCUGUCGGCAUUGUCAUCUCGGUUAUAUUCAUAAGACGAAGGAAGGCCAAACCAAUAAAACGACGUACAGCAAAAUCGACUUAUGCAAAUGGAACUGAAGAUGACCAAUCUGGUAUAAACAUGGUUGGGGAAAACAAUGUUUACAUCAACACCACUGCUGUUCAACAGACGAGCACUGCACAAGACAUCGGCGAGGCAACAGUUAUUGCCUCUGGUGCUUUUAACAUAACAGAAUGUGAUGAACCGAGUGUGUAUUACAAUACAGAACCUUUCAAAAGAAAGGCGUCGUUCCACUCGAUCAAUCCCAUCGCUGUCCGUGAACUUGAGGGGUAUUUAAAAGUACACUACAAUGAUAUUGAUUUCUUCGAAAGAAAGUUUCAGGAAAUCCCAUCUGGCCUUCAGUUCCCUACAACAGCAGCAAAACGAUCCGAAAAUAUUGGCAAAAACCGAUAUAAGGGAUUAUAUGCAUACGACCACUCCAGAGUUGUCCUACAAACUGAGACGAGCUACAUCAAUGCCUGCUUUAUAAAAGGAUUUCAAAAGACAAUUUCCUAUGUUGCGUCUCAGGGUCCUAUGGAAUCCAACAUGGAGGAUUUUUGGCAGAUGAUUUGGGAACAAAACAUACAAACGGUUGUUAUGGUAACCAAUCUGGUGGAGGAAACAAAGAUGAAAUGUCUACAGUACUGGGGCGAAGGACUCAAACAUAAGACGGCUUAUGGCAAUUUUGAAGUUACUUUGAUGAAGGAGGAAGUGUUUGCUGAUUUCUGUAUAAGAACAGUUGGAUUUCACAGAACGACACAUCCAUCGGAACGUCGUAAAUUGACACAGUUUCACUACACAUCCUGGCCGGACAAAGAUGUGCCACAAAGUCCUAUAAGCCUUAUACACUUCUGGAGAAAAGUCAAACUUCGUGGUGGCCAAAGGAAACAUCCGUGGCUUGUGCAUUGCAGUGCGGGGAUUGGCAGAACGGGGACAUUCAUAGCCAUGGAUUAUCUCUACGACCAGGGAAGAGCGACAGAAGUUGUUGAUAUUGCACAGUGUGUCACAGAUUUGAGAGAGGACAGAGUUAACAUGGUGCAAACAGUGGGCCAGUACCGGCUCCUUCAUCGUCUGAUGUUGGAAUUAUUCGUACUCCCAUUUGAACCAGUACGAAACGAGCUCUUUGACAAUACCUUUAGAGAGAUGUCACGUGUGGCACACAAAUCAAAGUCUAGAAAAUCCAGAUUACGUCUUCAAUACGAGGACUUAGACAAAGGCCUUGAGAUGGAUAGUGUUGAUGACGACAUUGCUUGCACAAAUGCACUUUUACCUGACAAUUACAGCAAAAACAGAUUUGACCAUAUACUUUCAGCGGAUGAAUAUCGCCCCUUCCUGCGCAGCCAAGGUAAGGGGAGAAACAACUACAUUAACGCAGUCUUUAUGCCGAGCUACACCAACCCAAAGGGGUUCAUCAUUAGCCAGUUGCCUCUUCCAAGUACAGCUGUCGACGUAUGCAGACUCAUUAUAGACGAGGAAAUCAAUCUUGUUGUUCAAUUUGAUGAUAGUGGGAAAGAAGAGAUUGGACGUUUCUUGCCUGAAAAUGAAGAAAAAAUGAAAAUAGACGCGUUUGAAGUUAGACGAGUACGAACGUAUUCAGGGCAAGAUUGUCAAAUACAGACAGUCUGUCUAAAACUGAAUCAUAGGACACGCACAUUCAAACACAUUCUGUUCAAGAAAUGGACUAGAAAUCGAUUGGUUCCCCCAGACAGCAGCUCCUUGUUGAAUCUUGUAAAAGAGGUUGAGGGACAGCAGUCUCCAGAAGAUGAUUGGGAUUCUCCUAUUCUUGUGCUUUGUUUGAACGGAGCUGAGAGGAGUGGUCUGUUUGUGGUGCUGAUGAACAUCUUGGAGAGAUGUCGAGUGGAAGGCGAAGUAUCCAUUCCGCAGGUCAUCAGAUAUCUUCGGUCACGGAGAAAGCAGAUUGUCCCGAACUUGGAGCAGUAUGUGUAUUGCCAUAAUGUCACAGCAAAGUACCUAGAGAGCAGCAUGACUUAUGCAAACUUGCAAUCUGCCGGCAGUGAUGCUUAAUUAGGAAGUAGACUAUAAAUUCGAAUGACAGUGAUUGGCUUAGUGUUUACAUUAUAUUCAGCUUAAACAUCACAAGUGUGUGUGAUAGCUAACUGACGUAUUAAGGAACCCUUUAUAAGAAAGCGUUGUAUUGUAUUACCGCAUUGCGAUAGGGAUUUAAAAAUGCGACUAUAUAUUUGCUGAUAAAGCGGGACUAAAGCAAGUGCCUUCGAAUAGGAAUCGAUAUGUUUUAAGAAGCUUUUGUAUGCAAUGUUAACCCUGGUUUUAUCAUGUAUGAUUGUAAUCCACGUCGUAUAAUACCUCUUAUGUACAAGUGUUAUACUUUUCUUCAAAUAUACUCUAAAUAUA